GUAAUGAAAUCAAAUUUUAAUUGAACUUGUUUCGAGGUUAUACAGCUUUCGAGAUUACACUCUGAGGUAUGCUUAGUUUAUUGGUGUACGACAAUGCUUAAGUGCGGUUUUAACAUCACGUUUAUCUUGCGUAUAGCUGAACAGGAAAUUUAAGAUGCGUACUAAAUACAAUAAAAUAUUCUAUAAGAUAAUAAUUGAAGUAUAUAAGAAAUUCAAUGUAAUUAUAAUCUGUUGUAAAUUGUUCUUUUUUAUACGUCAUUAACAAUCUUAAUACACAUUCGAAAACGUUCAUUUAAAUCUUAUAGAGCAUUGAGACCUGAAGGUAUUGAUAGGCUCCUUCCUAUAAAAGAGGAGAACGCGCGCUUAAGUCGUUCAAUCGUAGAAGGUGAGUAGCAGUGUUUAAGCUUAAACAAUCGUUGAAACGAUAACAUAUACAAUAUAGGUUCCUUCAAGAAAAUAAAUAUGUCGAAUAUAAAAAUCAUUGCGAUAUUAAUCGCAAUUUUUUGUUUGACAAGUCAUUUAGUUUUAAGCGAUUAUUGUUACACUGAUGAUACAGAUCCCUUUAUGCACUUCGGUCCAUACACACGUAAUCAUAUUGUUCGUGGUGCAAUAACUAAUCCUCAUUUGCCAAGUAGAUUGUAAACUUCGCCAGAUUUGGAUGUUAGCUAGACAUUCAAUUAGUAGUGAUAACAAUUAUUGGUCGCCUCAUGUACAUGAACUCUUGCAAAAAUAUCAUAACAAUAUUUCCGAGAGCUAUGACCUAGGCGGAGUUCAUUUAUGUGCAAAGGACAUUGAAAAACUGAGAGAGUGGAAAAAAUAUGAAUUUCUAGAUGAUGAUAAUCUUAAGCUAUUGAUAAAGCAAGAUAAACAAGAUAUGUUUUCUCUUGGUAUACGAUUUAAAAAUUAUUUCCCGAAUUUUUUUGAAUAUGACUCAAUUAAAUCUUUAAAACAUGAAUAUCUUUUUAGAGGAAUUGAACAAUUGGGAACAAAAGAUAGCAUAAAUAGUUUCAUAAAUGGUCUGUUUGGUAAUGUAACUUUUGACAUAAAAAUAAAGAAGAAAGAUAAUUUAUUGCAAUUUCAUAAUAUUUAUCAGCCAUUUUUGAAACAUAAGAGUGCAUCACAAAUGAAAGAAUUUCAUAAAUAUAUACAAUCUGCAGAAUGGAAUGAAAUGCUUCAGAGUAUUAGUGAUCGACUCGGUUAUUCGUCACCACUUCCUUUUAGUACUAUCAAAUCUUUUUAUCGUACUUGCACUUUUGAGACUAUUUAUUACGGGUCAUCUCCCUGGUGCGCCAUUUUUAGAAAGGAGGAUCUGGAAAAGAUUCAAUUCAGUGAAGAUUUGAUGUCUUAUUAUCAUUCAGGUUAUGGUCAAAACAUGAGACAAAUUGUUGGAUGUCCAAUGGUAAAGGACGUUUAUAAUCAUUUUCGAAAUUUUGAAGAUGGAUAUGGUGUAGACGAACCGAAAGGUAUUUUUUACUUUGCUGAUAUUACCGCGAUUCAACUUUUGUUAUCAACAAUUGGAGCUGCAAAAGAUCCAGAACCUUUGUUAGCUAAAAAUUUCAUCCAAGCAAGAAACAGGAAAUGGUAUCAAGCUCACUUAACGCCGCUCUCCGCGAAUUUAGUGAUUAUGUUAUUUAAAUGUAGUAAAGAUUAUAAGGUGAACUUGUACUUAAAUGAAAAACCGUUAGAUAUCGAUUGUUGCGAACACGGCAUAUGCGAUUGGAAUUUUCUGAGGAACAAACUAGAAGAAACUGUGUUCAAUUGUAAAGCGGACAUAUGUCAUGAUUAAUGUAUAUGUUAAAUCGUGUUUUAAAGAUAUAGUAUUUAAUAAUCUAGCAAAAGAUAAGAAUAAAGAUAAGAUGAUAGUGAGGAUGAUAGUAUACUUUUGUUAAAAAUUGCGUAGAAGAAAUGACAAUAUAACAACUUGAACGUGUAUGUUGAAAUCAAUAAAGCUGAUAUGAUGAAGAAUAC